AUGACGUACUUCAAAAGAAAAUCGGUAUGUGGUAUCAUUCUUGUAAGGAAAUGCAUAGGUCAUCGUUGGGCAGUAUUUGUAAAGAAUCGGAGUACAUAUAUAACCUCACUGGACAGCCCUGCAGUAGUGGACAGUGGCUACACGGCGGACUAUGAAAGUGCUAAACCAUUCAGUGACAUACCCGGACCGAAAGGAUGGCCGUUCGUGGGAACUCUCAUGCAAUACACAGGUCCUUUCAAAAAGUAUGACAUAGAUAAAUACCAAGCAGCCUUGGAAUCCAGAUGGAAACAAUACGGAUCUGUUGUCAAGGAGACCAUAGGGAACCGUACGGCUGUUCGACUGUUUGAUCCGGAUCAUAUCCAUACUGUUUACCAACACGAAGGGGUGUGGCCAAAUAUUGUUCCUAUUCUGGAAAGUUCCCGGAAAUAUCGUGAAUCUAAAGACAUGUCCCCUGGAUUGGGCAAUAUAAACGGCAAAGAAUGGAAGACUAUGCGAAAGGCCAUUCAGACAGUGAUGAUGCGACCCAAGCAGGUAGCUCAUUUCCUGCCGUUUGUGAAUGAGGUAGCUGAUGAUGUCAUAGACGAAAUAUGUAUUAGAAAAGAUACAGAUGGAAAUAUCACACAAUUUAACUAUUUGGCUGGAAGGUGGAAUUUGGAAACUGCUGCUCUGAUUUGUUUUGAAAAGAGACUAGGUGCACUAAAAGAGGGAUUCGAUUCUCAUUCGCAAAGAAUGAUCCAAGCGAAUUAUGAUAUCUUUGAAUUAUCCACAAAACUGAUGUUUGUACUUCCUUGGGACUUCAUAACAUACAGAAGGCUAUCAAAACGUCAUUACGCAGCUGAAGACUAUUUUUACAGUGAUGGUCGGAAUCUCAUUAACACAACGGUGGCACAUAUCAAAUCACUUGUUGACAAAAAAGAGCUGGAAGAAGGGAAAUUUACGUUUCUUUCCUAUCUGCUCUCUAACACCAAUCUGAACAAUAAAGAUAUCAGCAUCACUGCCCUCACAGUAUUCGCGGACGGACUAAAUGCGACAGUUCCUGCACUUCUGUUGACGAUGUACUGUCUGGCGAAAAAUUCACAAGUUCAAGACAAGGCGUUUGAAGAGAUAAAGCAGCACAUUCCAGAAGAUGGCUACAUAACUAUCGACGUUUUAAACAAAUUGUCAUAUCUGAAGGCCUGCUUUAAGGAAUCUUUCAGACUGUACCCUUUAAACCUGGACGUUAAGAGGAUAUUGCAGAAGAACAUUGCGGUAGGAGGAUUUCAGAUACCAGCUGGGACCGUCAUAGAGAUGUGUUCCUUCGUACACCAGAUGUCUCCACAAUACUUUGACGAGCCUACAGAGUUCCGGCCAGAACGUUGGUUACGGGGGAGCAGUCAUUUUAGAAACCACCAUCCUUUUAUCGUGAUUCCCUUCAGUCACGGCCCGAGGAUGUGCAUAGGUCGACGGAUAGCAGAACAAGAUAUGUACGUAAUGAUGGCGAAGCUUCUCUAUAAGUUCAAGAUCACUACCCCAACAGAUGACUUAGGACUUAAAUUCCAAAUCAUUCAGACGCUUGACAGACCAGUUACGUUCACAUUUGGGGAAAGAUAG